CCUUUCUCUGAGAGGGCACACUUCAAAUUACAUGUGAAUAUUUUUUUGUGAAAUUCCAAUCCAAUCUUUUUGUAACCUGCCCAAAUUUGAAAUUUAGCAAUUAAAUCGGGUGGGUCGCAGGAGUGAUGUGACGAUGUUAAGGUCAAGCAUGGUGACCUUAUCAUUAUUACGUUUAUUACGCUCCUUCCAGUACAAUUUAACACCGAGGACUGGAAGACAAUCAGAAAUAAAUUUGUGACGAUUAAAAAUAAUUUGUGAAUUUAUGACAAUUCGAAAGAAUUUGUGAAAAUACCUGUCGUGAAUUUGUUGCCAAUUAAUUAACCUUCGCAAUGAACAAGUUGCUGUUUUCUCAGCGACAAAAAAUAAAACGGGUCGUGGAUGUGGCAGAGGACCUUUUGGGGUACCGGCUAAAUCGACUGAACAAUUCUCUUCUUUGGACCAGCCUUAAUCGGCCUGGAAUGACCGUCGCAGUCUCCUCCCACAGUCCGGCCAUACAAGAAAGUCAGCCUGUAAAUAGUGAAAAUAUCUCUGCUAUUCGGGACGAUGAGGCGAAAGUCAUUUUGAGGUGGAUUGAUAAGCUUAAAGGCUCGGAACACCCGUUAUUAAAGUACACAAAACAAUUUGACACUGGGACUAGUCUCGAUAGACAAGAAUUUUCCUCUUCCGCAUACCAGAUAAGAUCCAUGAUUGUCCUCUUAGUCGCCAAUAUGUUCGGGGUCCCAGUCACUAAUCAAAGUAGUGCUAACAUAUUAGUCCAACCUUCAGAAAAUAUAUGUUCCUCAACUGAUAGUGCAAUUGAUAGUGUUGAAUCAAAGCAAAAGGCACUUGCCGAAAUUGCUGAAACUAUUUAUACCGCCCAUAUGCUGCACCGAACCGUAGUAGAAAUUCCAAAAGAGGAAUUACCAACGUUAGGAACAGUUAAUAGUACGUGUGCAUCCGAUGAUGGGCCUGCACUCGAAGAAAUGGGGAUUUCUAUGCAUCAGGGAAAUAAAGUCGCCACAUUGAUGGGGGACCUACUACUCGCUCGGUGCAGUAAAGCUUUAUACUCCUUGAAGAAUUCACGCGUGACGGAAAUGAUGAGCGACUCGAUAGCAGAUUUUUCCGAAAGUGAAGCAAUAGCACUGUCAGCUCGAGUACUUAUUUCAAACCAUAGAACUGUUGGUUAUAAUGCUUUACCUACUUCAAAAGAUUUAAAGUUAAUUUUAAGCUUUGACAAGUGGUUAAGACGUAGUUCACUUGGGAUCGGAUCCUUAUUGGAAAACGCGUGCUAUAGUUCUUUAAUAUUCUCUGGCCAAGAGAAUGAAGUAAGAUUACUCGCUGGGAAAAUAGGACACAAAAUUGGGCUUGCCCUUCAGGCACAUAAGGACUAUGUGACGUUUGAGAAUGAACUUGAUUCAUCACCUCAAAUUGAUUUGUGUUCACUUCCUGUAAUAUUUCAACUAGAAAACAAUUCUAAUCUGAUCUCGUCGGGUGAUGUCAAACAGAUCCACGAAGAGGUCAGAAAUAGUUCAUAUGCCAAAGCGAAGACGAGACAGGCGCUCUUAGUAUUAACGGAUGACGCGAUUCGGCAUGUAUCCAAAUUUUCGGGGUCAUCAUCUAAACUUCUGCAAGAUUUUUUAGCAACCUUGUCUUCUUGAGCUUUAGAUGUAAUAAUUAUCAAAUCGUGGGUAUUAUUUUAAGCAAUAAUAACAACAUGGACGUUAAUUGAGAUCAAUUUUAAAAGCUAUCCAAAGAUAAAUUUUAAGUUUAAAGAAAAUCUAUUCUUAGUCAGACAGAAGACCGGAACAUGCAUAAGUUGCAUGAAGGCCUUCGCUAUAUUGUUUUCGUUAAUUGAUAUUAAGUUGAUCCAUCUGCAGGAAGAGGUGAACCGGUCAAUGAGUAAAAUAUAAAUUGUUAUUUUGAACGUAGUCCAUAUCUAGCCUAGAUUAUAUCGUGACUGAUAAUCUAAUUUUACUUGAACCGGUACUAUUAUACAUCGUGAUUCGUGAUACAGACAGAAAUAUAAACGCCAGCAAGUUGUGCAACUUGUGAAACAAUUUAA